UUCCGGCGGUAUUGGCCGAUAUGACGGAUGACGACGAUACUCGUACAAUUGCGGUUUAAUUUUCACGUAGCGGUGUUUUUUUCGAGUUUCGUGUUUUUUCUUGUUGUUGUUUUGUGCGUGCAUUUUGUGUAUAUGGCCACGGUCGAAUGCGCAUGCGAGUAAAGUCAAAUAAACAAAUAAUUUAACAACAAGAAGCGGCAACGACUCGAACAUCAGUCAGUCAAUCGGGCUGUCAGUCAGUCAGGCAGGCAGAUGAACAGUUGAGCCGUGCCGGUCGGUGGUGGCACGAAAAAACAAACACGUUCAACGUAACCAAAAACAAAUAUAACUAGAGAUUACGCUAAAUGAAACCAAUUACUAAUAUAAAAAACAUGCGCACUAAUUAAUAAACACAGAGGAAACUAAUGCUAAAUAAUUGAAAAAAAGGAAUUUAGUCAACUUACCAAGCAACAACCAAACAAAAUACCAAAAUGAAUUGCGUUGCAAUAUCGCCACCGGAAGACAAACACCAACCAACAAUGCAAAUUUUGCACAACGAACUGGUGUUGCCACCGCCUCCGCCACCGUUGCUGCACGCUACACCGGAUGUCGCCGGUGGCAGCGGUAGCGGCAGCCACGGCAACAAUAGCGGCAGCACUUCGAAAACGCAAUCACUGCAGCGCACCACACACCUGUAUUGUCGUUCGUUGGAGAAGGAGCGCGGCGAUCGGCGCACCUCGUCGCGCGGUUUGGCUUCGUGUUUGCGCGGCGAACGCGAUGAAUUGGUCAGCGACUAUCGUGAUAUGCGUACGCCGCGUGCGCAGCAAAUCGAUUUACUGCCAAGCGUAGUGCUGGGACAGGGCGGAAGUGGUGCUGGUGGCGCUGCCAGUGGUGGCGGUGGUGGCAACAAUGUUGCUGUGGAGAUGGGCAAUGCAAUCGAUGCGAGUGGCAGGA